GAGAAGUUGGCGGCGAAGGAGAAAACGAAGGCAAAGGAGGACUCGGAGGACGAGGACGACGCACCGCCACCUGCGUCCGCCGCCUCGCCGGCCGUCGCCAAGGCCAAGCCGAAGCCCAAGGCGAAGGCCAAGGUGGCCGAGCCGGAGCCUGUGCUGAGCGCGCAGGAGCAGAAGCUUCGGCAGCGCAAGCUGCAAGAGGCGCAGAACGACGGCCUUGUCGGCGACCUCUUCGACGGUUUCCAGGUAAAGGAGACGGAGGAGGAGAAGAACGCGGCGGCCAGGAAGGCCGAGGAGGACAGGAAGGCCGCGAAGAAGAAGAAGAUUGUCGAGAUCGACGCCUUCGACCAGGUCACCCUCAGCGUGCAGGCCGACGUAGAACGGCUGAGCGAGGCCUGCGUGACGAAGAUCGGCAAGGGUGCGGCCGCGGCCAAGGGCGGCUCGGUCUCCUUCAUGAGAGACCUUCUGAAGCAACUCGCGGACGACCUCUCCUUCAAGGAGCUGGACGGUUUCGAGAAGAUGCUGGCGGAGGUGGUCAAGGGGAAGAAGGCCGCGAAAGGGGCCGCGACGGACGGCAAGGCCAACAAGGCGAACACGAAGCUCAGCAAAACCACCAAGUUCAAUGCCACGAAUGAGUGGGAGGAGGUCUACGGCGGCGGCGCCGGCGACGAGGACUGGACCCAGGAGGAGUGGGACGAGUGGGAGAAGUCGGAGGCAGCGAAGUGGGAGCAGUCCCAGAAGAAGUGA